ACAACCCGCUCAAGCCAGCCAGUCGACCCGUGCAUCGUGACGAGCACCUUCGACUUGCCCGCCGAGCCAUGUCUGCGCUCAGCCCGGCCGUCACCCCGGGCCCAUCACCCGCACUCGGCGCACCUCCUCCCCACCUCGCUCAAGCGGCACAAGGCGGCAAGCUCUCGCCGAGGCAAGCACUCGACGCUACCAAGCAGAAGGACCUCACAAAAGUCGUUGUCCGCUUCAAGGCAACCGGCAACGCGCCCAUCAUGAAGCAGAACUUUUACAAGAUCACGGCCAGCAACCAGUUUCGCACCGUCAUCGCCUUUCUCCGCAAAGAGCUCGGCUGGAAACCGGCAGACUCGCUCUUCCUCUACAUCAACUCGUCCUUCUCGCCCGCACCCGACGACACGGUCGCCAACCUGUUCAAGUGUUUCGGCACCGAGGGCCACCUCAUCGUCAACUACAGCUCGACGCAGGCCUGGGGCUGAGCGCGCAACCUCACCGCAAGGCGCCAACCCUCACCCUUGCCGAUAGUCGUUACUGCUCGCCGCACACCUCGUUCUCGAUACCCUCUCGCCCCUUGUCGUUCCGUAUACCCUCCCUGCAACUCGUCUGGUCGCCAUGUC